GGCCGCGCGUGCCAAGAUUGAUCAGCUUCUGAGGGAUUUACAUCAUUGGAGGUGGCGCUGGGAGUACAACAAUUCGGGUGCUGCAAGGGAAUAUGACAUGCCUCUUGACAAAGGGGCGGAACACAUUCCACUGCCUUGGGCCAAGACUUUGGUGUCUAGGCCAAUCGAGGUGAAUUCUCCGGAACAGGCUGCCGAGCUCAUCAUCUACAAUGCUUCGAUCACGCAGCUUAUGAAUCUGCAAGUUUUGUUGGACACGGGCAUGCGGCACCCAAUGCCAUUCCCUGAAGAUAUCGACAGAGCCAUGCUCAAGCCAGCGGAACAUCCUCUUUACAAACCAAAUGAGGUCAAACAUAGGUGGCAGCCGUCGAUGGAGGGCUUAAGGCUCAUGAGGCUGGCACCGAAACAGUUAUCUGUCAGCAACGGUACCUCAGUCAUGCUUGCUGCGUCGCCCAUUGGAAUUAUAUACAACUCCUUACUGGGUACGGAAGGUCUUGGAAAUUUGUUGUUGUCAACGAUGGCAUUGCCGAGUGAUUAUGCAAUUACGAGUAGAGAGCUUUCUGUUUUUCGCUUAUGGUAGUAAGCAAGAUAUUAAUCAAUGGGUUACUAAGGCAUACAGUACAACCAUAAAGAGCCACUUGGAUGAAUAAAGUGUCAAAAUACAAGCCUAUCACAUUGGCGAGCACAGGAGCUCUUUCCACGACGUUUUCUACCAUCAAAAGAAAAGGAAUUGCGUCGAGGGGGAAUCGAACCCCCGGCUCCCCGACGCUG